AUGACGACCGAGGGCCAGACGAUCACUUGCAAGGCGGCGAUUGCGUGGGAGGCGCAGAAGCCGCUCCAGGUUGAGGAGGUGCGUGUGGCGCCUCCCCGCGCCGGAGAGGUGCGCGUGCGUGUGACGUUCACGGGCCUGUGCCACACCGAUACGUACACGCUGUCGGGUGGCGAUCCCGAGGGAGCGUUCCCGGCGAUUCUGGGCCACGAGGGCGCGGGCAUCGUUGAGUCGGUGGGUGAGGGUGUGACGCACGUGAAGAAGGGCGACAAUGUGAUCCUGCUCUACACGGCAGAGUGCCGUCAGUGCAAGUUCUGCCUGUCGGGCAAGACGAACCUGUGCCAGGCCGUGCGGGCGACGCAGGGUCGUGGCGUGAUGCCCGAUGGCACGAAGCGCUUCACGUCGGUGCGCACGGGCGAGGAGCUCUUCCACUUUAUGGGCACGUCGACGUUUAGCCAGUACACGGUCGUGUCGCAAUACUCGCUCGUCGCCGUCGACCCCAAUGCGCCGAUGGACCGCACGUGCCUGCUGGGCUGUGGUGUGACGACGGGCUAUGGCGCUGCCGUGUACACGGCGAAGAUCGAGAAGGACGCCACGGUCGCCGUAUGGGGCGUUGGCUGCGUUGGUCUCGCGGUGAUCUACGGUGCCAAGGAGCGUGGUGCGAAGCGCAUCAUUGCUAUCGACACCAACCCUAGCAAGGCCUCGUGGGCGAAGAAGUUUGGCGCUACCGACUUUCUCAACCCGACCGAGGUGCCGGCCGUCGAGAGCGGUGACCCCGUCGUGGCCCACCUGGUUGAGAUGACCGACGGCGGCCUGGACUACACGUUCGACUGCACGGGCAACGUCAAGGUCAUGCGCACGGCGCUGGAGGCGUGCCACAAGGGCUGGGGCAUUUCGACGAUCAUUGGCGUUGCCAAGGCCGGUGAGGAGAUCUCUACGCGCCCCUUCCAGCUCGUGACGGGCCGCAAGUGGCAGGGCUCGGCGUUUGGUGGCGUCAAGGGUCGCACGCAGCUGCCCGGCCUGGUCGAGCGGUACCUGCGGGGUGACUUUGUGGUCGAUGACUACGUGACACACCGCAGCACGCUCAGCGAGAUUAACCAGGGGCUCCAGUACAUGAAGGACGGCGAGUGCAUCCGCUGCGUCGUAGACCUGGCCUAG